UUUGAUACAAAAGGGGUUUACUGCAUUUAUGGGGUCGUGUUUAUGUAGUGUAAUCUUUGGUUUUGUGCUGAAAUUGAAUCAUUAUGUAAUCUAUUGUAGUGUUUAGUAUUCUAAAGACCGGCAGGUGACGAUCUAAUUCCAGUUGCGGUUUUGGUUUGGUUCUUGUAGGUUAUGUGGACCUACUUGGCAGAGUUCACCCAAGUUAUUCCGCUACAUUUUCCUCCAACGUUUACACGAAGCACUCAGGGCUGUCGAAAUGCUUGAGCAGCCAAACAUACUUUGGGUAACUUAGAGCAUUCCGCAAACGAGCAGCGUGCUGACUUGGUUAAUAAUAGUCGUCCGUAUGUCAAAGUAGAGCUAUUGAGGGGGGGCGUGUCAGGACUUUCCCAUUGGAUCCAACGCUGAUCCCGAAGUUGUUGAGGUUUUUCAUGAGGCAUGAGGGGGAGGAGAGAGUAAAGUUCUGAUGGAUAUCAAAAAUAAACCGCGUAUGUUUAAGAAGGGCAAGACUGUAUAAAUACCGCCGUCACCACCAGUUAUCACUAAUACCGUGGGCUGUACGGGUGUUCUUUAGGUUCUAACUUUUCCUCUUGAGUUAAUGACUAACAGCCUGUUCAGAAACUUAGUUUCAGUUGUUCUCAAACGGAUAGUUAAUAGUCUUGGUAUAUUUUUUAUUUGAGUAAUAGAACUUACAAACUGAAAUUGUUGAUCCCCAAAUACGCUACAGUCCUUGCGUAUGUAGCCCUAGAGGCUACACAUUGUUCACAGCGGAUUUAUUUGCCGUAUACUGUAUUGCGCUUUGUUUUUAGUGCCGUUUCAGCUGAAUAAUUUUUACCCUGCCUAUCUAACAUAACAUGGGUAAUUAUUUGCAUAUUGUCUUCUUCACGUUAUCGUUAACCAGUGUUGCGCUUGGUGAAGUAGUUGAGUCGGAGGAGAUAAUACCUGUCAGACUGAGUAUCAGAAAUACUGACCGGCUUUGGACUUUCUUGGGACGGAGCGUAGAGCGGCUUAGUUUCCAAUUAAACGCCUUUGGUAACAAAUUCACCAUUCAUUUAACUCCGGAUAGUAACUUUGUCGCCCCAACACUAAAUAUUCUCCACGUUAACUCGAAACAUCUCUCUGCCCUGCUUAAUGGCACCAGCCCUGAGGAUAUCUUCGACAGUGACCGCGAGUCAUUGGAGACGGGACAGGACUUUAGAGGUUGUUUUUACUCGGGAACCGUUAACAACAAUCAAGAAUCUGUGGUUGCCGUCAGUUUGUGCCACGGCAUCCAAGGAUCAUUUGUAACGAAUGGCGAUGAAUUCUUCAUUCAACCCAAAGAGCGUGGCAAUGAGACCAGCGAAAGGUCCUUUUCGCAGGUGCAUGUCAUUAAAAGGAGAGUUUUCCCUGUCUCAAGAGACGAUCUAAAGACUGUGUUUGAUCAUAUCGGAGCUGCCAAACCGCUUGUAUCACAUAGUAGACCCACUUCGUCCCAGGGAAAGAUGGAAGCCAAGGUCACACAACGACAGAAACGUUUUGUAUCCUCUGCCAGGUACAUCGAAACUCUGGUGGUAGCUGACUCCACAAUGACAAGUUUCUACGGGGAUGAAAUCAAGCACUACCUCCUGACCAUGAUGGCAAUGGCUGCCCAGAUCUACAGCCACCCCAGCCUGAAGAACGCCGUGAGCUUGGUGGUGGUUAGGAUGCUUCUAGUGGAGGAUGAAGAGGAAGGUCCUGAGGUGUCCAGAAAUGGAGGUGUUGCCCUGCGCAACUUCUGCAACUGGCAACAGCUGUUCAAUCCCACGAGUCAGCGGCACCCGCAGCACUUUGACACGGCCAUCCUGUUCACCAGAAUGGAUAUUUGUGGAAACAAGUGUGAUACCCUUGGGGUCGCAGAUGUCGGCACCAUGUGUGACCCUAAAAGAAGCUGCUCUGUUAUCGAGGACAAUGGCCUUCAGGCUGCCUUCACCGUGGCCCAUGAGCUUGGGCACGUGCUCAGCAUGCCUCAUGAUGAUUCCAGGAACUGUGAGAAGUGGUUUGGGCAACUUGAUGGACACCACAUGAUGGCACCAAAGUUUGUCCACCUCAACAAAACCUUUCCAUGGUCACCUUGCAGUGCUCAAUAUAUCACCGAAUUCUUCGACAAUGGACAUGGUGACUGUUUGCUGGAUCCUCCUGAGCAGAAGCUCCCCCUGCCAGCAGAACCCCCAGGCCAUAUAUACGGCCUGGACCGCCAGUGCCAGCAGGUCUUUGGCGAGGAUUUUGGCCAUUGCCCAGCUGCACAAGAGAUCUGUUCCCAGCUGUGGUGCCGGGAGGAGGGUCAGCUUCAGUGUACCACUCGUAACGGAAGCCUCCCCUGGGCAGACGGUACUCCGUGUGGGGAAGACAGCCGUUGUCUCCGCGGUGUGUGCGUGAACAAGACGGAGGAGAGGCUCGAGGUGCCAGUGGAUGGAGGGUGGGGUGAGUGGGGCUCCUGGGGUCCCUGUUCUCGGAGCUGCGGCGGGGGUGUUGAGUUCUCCCGCCGCGAGUGCACUGAUCCAGAGCCCCAGCAUGGAGGGGCUUACUGCAUGGGCCAGAGAGUCAAAUACCAAUCUUGCAACAUUCAGGCCUGCCAGGAGGACCACGGAAAAUGCUUCAGAGAGGAACAGUGUGAGAGGUAUAACACCAACCGGUAUUUGGAUAUGCAUGGGAACAUCAAGCAGUGGAUUCCAAAAUAUGCUGGUGUCUCCCCACGCGACAGAUGUAAACUCUUCUGCAGAGCCAAAGGAAGCAGCGAAUUCAAAGUCUUUGAACCAAAGGUCAUAGAUGGCACCACCUGUGGACCAGACACGACGUCCAUCUGUGUCCAGGGCCAGUGCAUUAAGGCUGGCUGUGACCAGGUCAUUGGCUCCAAUCUGAGAUUUGACAAGUGUGGGAUCUGUGGUGGUGAUGGUUCAUCCUGCCGGAAAAUCACAGGAUCAAUGAAUAAAGCCACAUAUGGCUACAAUGAUAUUGUCACCAUUCCCUCUGGGGCCACCAACAUCGACAUCAAACAACGUAGUCACCGUGGGAUCAAACACGACGGCAACUAUCUGGCCAUAAAGAAAGAGGGUGGCCAAUACAUCCUGAACGGUAACUUUUCCGUCUCAACAUCCGAGCAGUUUAUCCCAGUGCCCGGAGCUGCACUCCGCUACAGUGGGUCCUCGACCACACUGGAGAGAAUCCUGAGUUUCCAGAAGCUUCGGCAGGCCAUUACAGCACAAGUCCUGUCCACAGCGGGAGACGAAUCUCCUCCAAGAAUCAAGUACACCUUCUUCCUCCCCAGAGACGUUCCCUUCACGAAGCCAAGCACAGACCGAGUGUCCACGCACGCCCUCUUGCCUUUUGGAGGCGACGAGUGGGUUUUUGGCGAGUGGUCCGAGUGCUCCAAGACCUGUGGCUCAGGUUGGUCCCGGAGGACCGUGGAGUGUAAGGACGGGGCAGGAUCCCUGUCCUACUUCUGUGACAUGGACCUGCGGCCAGCGGACAUCCGGCCAUGUGCGGACCUCCCGUGCCCCGUGUGGCAGAUGGGCCCGUGGUCAGCCUGCUCGCGGACGUGCGGGCCAGGAGAGCGCCACCGAAGCGUCCUCUGCUUAGACUAUACUGGGAAGGCGGUGGAGCCAGGGCGGUGCAAUCCCGACAAGAGGCCCGAGGCUGUGUCAGGAGAGUGCUUUUACCAGGACUGCUGAAGCUGUGUGCAGCACUAUGUGAGAGAGGAAUGGAGCUGAUAGGUGUACAAUCCAUAGCAAAUGUAGUGGGGGAACGUCUUCCCUCUCCUAACCACCUGACCGUGUUGCACAGAUCAGCAGGGAAACUAUAGCAUAGAACAGGAAUGGAGAGGUCACUUAUCAAAAGUAACCAGGAUUCCAUUCUGGUCUUAGAAAUGUUGCCUAUAUCACCGAUUAACUUAACUUCAUUUGUUGUUCAUUUUCUUUGAUGUCGCCAUGUUAUUAUAACCACUAUUGAAGUUUCUCCCUCCCCUAGAGAUCUACCUCAAAUGAUAUAACAGUUUAAUACUCUUUUUAAUGCUUGUUGGUAGAAGAUACUGUCUAUAUUUAUCAUUUCAACAAUGGAGCAUAAAACUUUGCAAAACGAACAUGCAUACAUACAAACAAACAAACAAACAAACAGAAAUCCUGCUGAGACUCCGCUGGGCUGGUUGAGUACCUCUAAUCCACAACGCAUUGUCUCCUGGGUUAGAAUAAUCACUCCAUCCUGAACAGGAUCAAGGUUCGGUGGUUGCCUAAAAGCUGUCAAAAUACUAUUUAUUUUCACUGAUCUUUGCAGAAAAAGAUCUAAAUGCUUUUACUUAUUCUGAAGAGUCCAAACAAUGAUUACGACAACUUUUGUAAACAAGGGAAAAAACGAUUCCUCCGAUAGCUAUGUAAUCAUGCCGGUGAAUAUUGACAUACUCUGAUCAGAUAAAGCCAGAAACUGUACAGUGCCAGGAGGUGAUGUAGAGAAAACUGAUGAAUCAAACUUGCAGAAUCUUGAAGGUUUAGCUAAUUCAGGAACACUGGAUCAUCUUUUGGAAUACAACAAUACUCCUCCGUUGAACAGAGAUAUUGUUUCAUUACACUAUCUUACACAAAGCUAUUAAAUGGGUUUAAGCUGAUUUUUUUUUUAUGUUCAACAUUCAUUUGCAAGUUUCCUUGUCAUUGUACCACCAUCAUAUUAAAUCUGGGGAUAAAAUCGCCAGAUCACAAAACAUGACUGUUAUGGAGAAAUGAAAGGCCUUGUUUGAAUAUCUUUUUGUAUUGUAAGGAAAGUGUCAAAAGGAAUUUCCAUGUUAACACUGACAAUUUUAGGGUUUAUUCUUAUAGAUCUGUACUUCAAACAUAAUAGCCUAUAUCAAGCAAUUAAAAUACAGCAAGUACUUGUUGGUUUUACUUGUCCCAUAGACAUAGAUUUCAUUUAGACACUUGUAUUUGUUAAAUAGGCCUAACUUUCACAGUUUUGUGCAACUGGGAGAGUACAAACAGAAACCCUUGACUUGUAGAGGACUAAUAUUGAAUGAGAGAAAAAGACACAGUUGUGUUGAAUGAUGAUGUAGAAGUCACGAUUAACUAUGAAAAGUAGGCUAAGCAUUGAGACAGCAUCAUCAUGGCAUUUAAUGUUAUGGAUGAAACACUGACCUAUAUAGCGUUUAUAUGUGAGUGUUAUAACAUUCCAGGUGUGCACAUGGGGGGAUGUAUGUUAUAUAUGUAGAUCUGAAACGAAAGCAUUAUAUCCCUUCAAUGAAGGUCUGUACAAUGCUAUUGUUAUAGCUUCCUUUUAAGCUAUUUAUUUUUUUCUACCUUCAGACAUCUAUUUGUUACAUUUUUCUUGAUGCUGCUGUCUAUCCAGAAUUGUUCAAAAUGGAAUCAUUAAUUAAAUAUAUGUCUCGACUGAAGAUAUUUUUUCAGCUUCCUUUAUCGAAAUUGUCACAGAACAUUUGGAAUUCUUCACUGUCAAUAAAAAAAUGUUUAAAUUC